AUGACCUACAGAACGCUGCCAUCUUCUAAAUAUGCUUUAUGCUCUCUGCUAAUUGGCUGCCUGCUGGCCGUAAUAGAUCUUAUCUUGGAAUUCCUCCUCUCGCCUUUCCAAAAGUCACCAAAUUGUGCCGCGAUUGGAUGUUUCAUCAGUGCGAAGUUUCGCUAUUACUGGGGAACAAGUAACAUGGUGAGUGGAAACGCAAACGUGUCCCUUCAUCAAAGCUCCAUACCAAAAGGGGUCACCUUGUUCAGGAAUCCCAUUCGCAGCAAAUUGUUGCGAACAAAGAACUCAAAAAGAUUUGGACAGGCUAAUCGUACAUCCGCAGGAAUUCUUCUGACCUCUUUGGUCUUUGUUACGAUCCCAAGUGUUUGCGUGGGCUUCGUUGAAAUGAUCGGUUAUUCGUUUUUCAAGACAGUCGGUCCAUUUUAUAUUGUUGGCUUGCUUUGUGCUGGGUUGUGUAACAGCAUAGUGUACGUCGUCCUCAACCGUGAUAUGAGGGAUCUUGUGAAGAGUUGCAUCUUCCACAUACCAGCCACAGCAACGGGAAUGUCGUUGACUUCCACGAAAAUUUUUCCACACUUAAACUUAAGUCUAAGGAGAAUCGCAAUUGAUACCUGCCAUGUAUAA